CAAUGAAAAGUGAAGUAUGGACAACGUUUGAAGUCAGUAAAAGCUACCGUACUGUAUUCCUACGAGUACGAGAGAAUUAGUCAGAGAUUUUCUUACGACCAUCUUUACGUACUGGUACGUACGUAGGCACAGCAUGCACUGGCAUACAGUACACAGCCUCAUUUGUUCGUCUUAGUAUUGGUAGUCGUACGUGUUGUGUACGUACGAACCGUAUCUUGGAAUUGAAGAAUUGACCAAAAACUUGGUCUGACAGAAACGAUCCACGCAGUCGAAGAACCCUCUGGGUAUGGAUCGCCGAAGCCCCGUUCCGCAUACAGCAGCAGCAAGACGCAAGACGCAAGACAACCCAAAGCAUGGCAAAGAAGACAAUGGUUGUAUCGGUAGCAUCCCUGCUCUCGUGGCUCGUGUGCUUGUCCACACUCGAGGCAACCGCAUCGGUGUGGAAAGCCGAGGGAUUUCACGCGAGCCAGCAGCAAUUGCAAUGGCACCGUUCGCCGUUGCUCCAGCGGGCGCCGGUUGAAGGGGCGGCCUUUGUUCGUGGAGGAGCGGAGCGGAGCGCCACGGUCGAGGAGGCAGCGGAAACCGAAACGGAGACCCUUCCCACCUGGGAGGACCUGCAAUCGGCCCUCGAGGACCUUCGGAGCGGUGCUCCCGAGGAAAAGCCGGUUCUGACGCUGUACCGGUAAGGACAAGGACGAGACGAGCUUUUCUGUGCGAUAGAGAGGGGGCUCUUUCCGUAGAACGAUUUUCUCACCAUGUUGUUUCUGUCCGAUGCAUUCCUGGAUUUCGUGGCGUGCAAUCUUUUGUUUGUUUGUUUGUUUGUUAUCACGAACCAAUGGAUUCGGUUGCCCAAACCGAUUCGAUUUCAUUCGUUCCUCGGUGGCUCGCAUUUUAUUUUGACUCCCUCCUCCACUCCGCGAUGGUUUGCCUUGCUUUCCCGAACCAAAAAACUGAAACCCAGCGAUACGAACGGCUGGUGCCCCUUCUGCGAGCGCGUAUGGGUGGCCGUCCGCGCAAAGGGGCUUCCCUACCAGGAAACCCUGGUGCCGCUCCAGGGGAAACCCGAGUGGUACAAGCAAAUGGUCCCUACCGGUUUGGUACCGGCCGUUCUCUUUCACGGCGAAACCGAAGACAAGACCGACGAAGGCGGCAGCGAACCCACAAGCCGCCGGGAGCUCGUCUGGGAAUCGGACGCCAUUCUGCAGGCCCUCGACGACAAGUUCCCCGACACGGUCCGGCUGACGAGAAAGGGCGACGAGGACUACGAAAAGGCCCUCGACCUCCAGAACCGCGUCCAGGCCGAGGGAUUCCGGUUCGCCUACGGGAAUCGCAACGGGACCGCGACGGAGGCCGAGCUAGAGGAGAUCCGCUCCGGCUUUGAAGCCGUCCUGGACGAGCUGGACGAGGCCCUGGGGGCCCAGACCGGUGGGAACUUCCGCCUCGGGGCCGACUUUUCCGGAAUCGACGCCAUUAUGGUCCCCACGCUGGAACGGUGGAGGUACCAGCUUCCCCUGACGGAGGCCUUCGACAUCCUGGAGGGCCGUCCCCACCUGCGGGAAUGGUUCGAGGCGAUGGAUGCCUUCCCGGCCUACAGCGGCAGGGUGGCCGGGGACGAGUAUUCCUGGACGGCCACCGCCUCGAUGUUCCUCCGGUACUUUGGCGGGGGAGAGGACAAGCCCAAGGUCGCCGAGGGGAUCGCCAGGGCGGAUGCUGCCGCCGAGGACCUCUCGGGGGGAUUUGCAGACGGCCUCGGAAGCAUCGCGACUCCGAGAGAGGCGGCCCUCGAGGCCGCCGCCAAGCUCGUUUCGAACCACGACGCCGUCCUCCGGGACUGCCUCGGAGCCGUCGAACCCAAGUCCCAGGGCCACAUCCCCCGGGCCGACGAGGAAAAGGGACCCACCGUCGACGCCCUCCUGAGGCACGUGGCGUCCCUCCUGCUGGAUGCCGCAAGGGGGGGCGAAAGGGCAACCCCUUUGGCGCCGCCCUCGAUCCGCGGGGGACGGUCCACCGGAGAAAAGACCCAGGGGGCCCUGGCCCUGAGGACCGUGGCGAAGCGCCUCUGCGUUCCCCGCGACAUGGGGGCACCCUCCGCGGCCCUUUUGCGCGGAAUCCUCGCCACGGUGGCGGACGAUCUGUCCCCGGUCGAAUAAGGGCAAGACCACCAGUGACGAACGAACGAACCCCGUGCGAAACGAAAAAAGUGGGGAUGCGGAGGAACGAACGAGGUCGAUUUAGUUAGAGAGUGAACGACGCACUGCCAAUGCAAUGGAGGAGCUUUUGUGGAAAGCCGAACCGAGUGUCGGAAAGACCAAGAAAAUUGCACCCGAACG